CAUUCCUUAUCUUCUCUCCCAGGUCCCACCUCUCCUACCAUUUCUCUCGCGCAGAAAUGGGGCAGAAUCGCACCGCCACCUCCGCGGCCGCCGACACCGACGUUUUCACCGCAUACUCCACCGCCACCAGUGAAACCACCUCCAUCGACAAAAACAAGAAGGAGAAGCAGAGGAUGAAGAAUACCGGUGCCGGUGAAGAAGUAGAUCGUCAUGCCGCUGUUGCAGUUCACAGCCAAGUGAUAAGGAUUAAGCAAGAAAUAGAGAAGCUGAAAGAGCCUUCGCCGGAAAUUAGACGCCUCCUUCUCAGAAAUAUUAAGCGGCAGCGAUCUCGGUCGCCGCUCGGAAUCGCAGAGAGGGCCAUCCUCGUCGGUAACACCUGAAAGUUUUUGAGUAUAUAUGUAUAGGUAUAGUAUGUAUAUAUAUAUAUGAGUAUAGUGGGAGAUUUCUACGGUGCUGAUGAUUUCUGGAUGCUUUGUGCAGUAGUAUUAACUGUUGAGAUAUUUUAUAUAUCCAUGUAACAGUUGAUAGUUGAGUCGAUCCAGAAAAGUAUCGAUGGAUUGCCAUAGAAGUCUCCUUGUAUGUAUAUGUACAGGCUGUGUAAAUAUUACUAUACGAGAAAACUUGCAGCUUAUACUCCGAGAAUUUCUUGUGUAUGAGUGUUUUGUUCAACAGUUUUUAAGCUUUUGGUGGUUGUUUGAUCUUGUUUCUA